ACCGCUUCAACAAUGCAGCUCUUAAUGUUGCCUUGAGCGGAGAGCGCAGCAGCACCGCAGGAUGGUCCUGGCACCGUAGUCGGACUAACCCAGCACAGCGACGUGGUGGCGGCGUGACAGACGCGUCGGGCGGCGGACACUCGGCUCUCGGCUCGCCCCGGUCUCCGUUCGGGAGACGUGAGAACGACUUGGCUCUGCACAGUGUGAACCCACAGACCCCUGGAAAACCUGAGCCGCACAGGCCAUCGCUGCAGAAGUGGAAUCUAAAAGCUAAUGACCUCGUGUACAAAGCCAGUGACGUUCCCGGACUCCAGCUCCGAAGGACAAAGGACACAAUGAGCACAUCCCAGAGAGAAGCCGCGGGCCCACCCAGACAUUCGGCUUCCCAGUGACCAGUCAUGCCAUUUAUGCUUUGUCCAUCAAGCGGAACCUCUCCCACAUGUGGGACUGUUUUCUGACAUAGAUUUGGAGAAUAAUAGAUUAGAAAUGGCAACGGGCAGUUACUCAUCCGAAUACAUAUUAGAGCACAGGUGAGGCUGAACCCCUAGCGAAAACGCACAGGACGCAGAAGACGGGCCGUGAUGACCUGCGCCCCACCUAUGAUGAUUUAAUAUCCCUCCUACUACCUUGCAGACAAAGUCAGUCAUGGCUGCUGCUGAACCCCAUAACAGCGGUUCCUUGUUGGGCCAAGGAGCAGACUGAUCGCGCCAACAAUGCAGAGGAACGGGGUCGGGGCGGUCGCCGGAGGGCAGCCGUGGGUGCUGCGCCGCGUGCGCCUCACGUGGCUCAGUUUCAUGCUCUUCUUCAUCCUGGUCUUCUUCCCCCUCAUCGCCCACUACUACCUCACCACCAUCGACGAGGCCGGCGGGCCGGACAAGCGCAUCUUCGGGCCGCGGCCCGGCGGCGAGCUGUGCGAGGCCAAGCACGUGCAGGACCUCUGCCGCAUCCGCGAGUCGGUCAGCGAGGAGCUGCUGCAGCUGGAGGCCAAGAGGCAGGAGCUCAACGGGGAGAUCGCCCGGCUCAACCUGCGCAUCGAGGCCUGCAAGCGCAGCAUCGACAGCGCCAAGCAGGACCUGCUGCAGCUGAAGAACGUCAUCAGUCAGACGGAGCAUUCCUAUAAAGAGCUGAUGGCGCAGAACCAGCCCAAGCUGUCGCUGCCCGUCAGGCUGCUGCCCGACAAGGAGGACGCGGGGCUGCCGCCGCCCAGGUCGGCGCGCUCCUGCCGCCUGCGCUCCUGCUUUGACUACGCUCGGUGCCCUCUCACAUCAGGCUUCCCCGUGUACGUGUACGACACAGCUUCCUACGCGUGGGGGGACUUUCUGGACCCACUGGUAAAGCAGGCUUUCGCAGUGUCCGCCAGGAGCAACAUCUAUAUAACCGAUAACCCCAGCAUCGCCUGUGUGUACCUGGUGCUGGUGGGGGAGCUGCAGGAGUCGUCCUCGCCCCCAGCGCCGCCCCCCUCAGAGCUGGAGAAACAGCUCAAAGCUCUGCCGUACUGGAGAAACGACGGACACAAUCACGUGCUGGUGCAUCUCUCCAGAAAGUCUAUGACGCAGAACUUCCUGUAUAAUGUGAGCACAGGGCGAGCGGCAGUGGCUCAGUCCACCUUCUUGGAGCAGCAGUACCGUGAGGGCUUUGACUUGGUGGUGUCCCCGCUGGUCCACGCGCUGUCAGAACCGAACUUCUUGGAGGUUCCGCCUCAGGUCCCUGUCAAGAGGAAAUACCUCUUCACCUUCCAGGGCGAGAGGGUGGAGUCGCUGAGGAGCAGCCUGCAGGAGGCGCCGCCGCAGUCUUUCGAGGAGGAAAUGGAGGGGGACCCGCCGGCCGACUACGACGAUCGCAUUAUCGGCACCCUGAAGGCGGUGCAGGACAGCCACUUGGAUCAGGUGCUGGUGGAGUUCACCUGCAAGAACCCGCGCCCGAGCCUGCCGACCGAGUGGGCUCUGUGUGGAGAGAGGGAGGAGCGGCUGGAGGUGCUCAAGGUUUCCACCUUUGCCCUGGUCAUCGCUCCGGGCGAUGGACAGCUGGUGGCCUCAGCGGGCUGUGGGAUGAGGCUCUUUGAGGCUCUGGAGGUGGGCGCCAUUCCAGUUGUGCUGGGAGACCAUUCCAAACUUCCUUACCACCAUUUCAUCCGCUGGACCGAAGCUGCCAUUAUUGUUCCCAAGCCCCGCGUCACGGAGUUACACUUCCUGCUGCGCAGUUUAUCGGACAGUGACACGCUAGCGAUGAGGCGGCAGGGCCGCUUCCUGUGGGAGACCUACUUCUCCACCUCGGAGAAUGUCCUCAACACCAUCCUGGCCAGCAUCAGAACCAGCAUCCAAGUUCCUGCGGCGCCCAUCAAGGAGGAGCCUGCCCACGAGAUUCCUCACAAAGCCGGGAAGCUGGCGGGAACUGACGCCAACCUGGCCGAUAACGGGGAUUUGGACCUGGGCCCCGUUGAGACGGAACCGCCGUACGCUUCCCCGCGCUUUCUCCGCAACUUCACAUACACAGCUGCAGACACCUACAGGACGUGGAACCGGGCCCCGGGUCCCUUCCAUCUCUUCCCUCACACACCUCUUGACCCCGUGCUGCCCUCUGAAGCCAAAUUUCUGGGCUCUGGUACCGGUUUCAGGCCGAUAGGCGGCGGUACGGGGGGUUCAGGGAAGGAGUUUCAGGCAGCUUUAGGGGGAAAUGUGGCUCGAGAGCAGUUCACCGUGGUGAUGCUGACGUACGAGAGGGAGGAGGUGUUGAUGAACUCCCUGGAACGGCUGAAUGGAUUGCCGUACCUCAACAAAGUGGUGGUGGUGUGGAACUCGCCCAAGCCUCCUUCAGAGGACCUGCUGUGGCCUGACAUCGGCCUGCCCAUCGUGGUUGUCCGCACAGAGAAAAACAGCCUCAACAACCGCUUUCUUCCCUGGGACGCAGUGGAAACCGAGGCCAUCUUGUCCAUAGACGACGAUGCUCAUCUCCGCCAUGAUGAAAUUAUGUUCGGCUUCAGAGUGUGGCGCGAGGCCAGGGAUCGCAUUGUGGGCUUCCCUGGGAGGUAUCACGCAUGGGACGUCAACCACCAGUCGUGGCUCUACAACUCCAACUACUCCUGUGAACUCUCCAUGGUCCUGACUGGAGCCGCCUUCUUUCACAAGUACUACGCCUAUCUGUACUCCUACGUGAUGCCCCAGGCCAUCAGGGACAUGGUGGACGAGUACAUAAACUGCGAGGACAUCGCCAUGAACUUCCUGGUCUCUCACAUCACCCGCAAACCACCCAUCAAGGUAACCUCCCGUUGGACUUUCCGCUGUCCCGGCUGCCCGCAGGCCCUGUCACACGACGACUCCCACUUCCACGAGCGGCACAAGUGCAUCAACUUCUUCGUCAAGGUGUACGGAUACAUGCCGCUGCUCUACACGCAGUUCCGCGUGGACUCGGUGCUGUUCAAGACUCGCUUGCCCCACGAUAAGACAAAGUGCUUUAAAUUCAUCUAGCGCAGAAAGCAGUGUACGAACGUUAGAGGAACUGAAGCUGAAAGGGACCACUGCCAACGAAACCCGCCUUUUCAGUGGAUGUUAGUGCUCGGUUUUUAAUGUUCUUCAAUCAUCAACCACUAAGGGUGUCAUUUGUCCCUUUUAACGACCCGCGGAGGAAAGACAGUGGCUGUACACAGUGUAUAGAAACUCUCCUGGGUUAAAAACUAUGUGACAACGGAGCAACUGAGGCUCAACGGUCUGUACAGAGCAGAAGAGGCAGCGCGUGGUCUCCACUGCAACUUCGUUUUCCAUUUUACUGUUACAAACUCAACUUCUUGUACAUAUACGCCAGAGAAGCACUGAUGGUCAGAAGUAUUUUAUUGAACUUUUUUUUUUUUAAUAAUAAUGUUUUAAUGUCUAAAUCUCUAUGUGAAAGUAACUUUUCCCAGAUUCCCUGUUACUGGGAGAUUAUUAGUUUGACAAUAAGACAGGACCUCCACUGAAGACUGUAACACGCUGAACGAUCAUGGUAAAGUAGGAAUUCACUUCAGUGGUCACCACAAUGCCUCAGAUCUGUCAUGGAAACCAGCCGCCAUUUGUCAUUUUGUUAUGCUUCUAGGCACUUGGCUCGUCUUCGAUGAGUGUUUGGAAAUGACCUGUUUUUUUAUGCUAUAGGGUGUUUUGCUAAUGUUUGUAAAAUUGGUCCAACGUUGAAGUAGUCAUGUUUAAAUGUAACUAUAUGGAUUAAUCAAUGGUUACAGGUUCUCCUACUGAACUGCAACAAAUCAUGAGCAACAAAAAUUGCCAAAACUGACAAAAAAAACACAGAUUUCCAUGUCUUAUUAAAGUGAAGUGUACUUUUAGGAUCAGAUGUUUAGCUCUGAUUCGUUUGGCACUUGGGUCAAUGCAGCCGUGUGGUUUCUUGCAGAGGUUGGGUGAGACGAUUCUCCAUGUUUGUCAUUAAGAAGCUGCUUAGAUUAACUUCAACGCUGCUGGAGACUAAGGCUAGCUGCUGCUGCUGUCUAUUCUCCAUGCUGAGCCUCCUGCUUUAACAGUCGCAUACAUGAAGUGAACAGUGGAGCCGGUUUUCUGAUCUAACUUUGGCUUCGCAUCACGACCAUUAGCUUCCAUCAAGUUCACGCUGCCCUUGUGUGUAAAAGCCUCCCACUUCAGUCGCCAUAUUGGUUUCACUUUGUUUUUGUUUUUUUUGUUUUUUACCAUAUCUUAAUGAAUGUUUCCUUUGCCAAAAAGGUACGACGCCUGCUGCUUUACUGCAGGAGCCACAGUUGAGUCCUUGCUGAAGCAUUGCAGUCUGCUGCUUGGUACUUCACCAGGAGUCCAACUCAUCACAUGUUAUACAUGAAUCCAGAGUUCUGUUUUUGUCCUUGCCAGAUUUAAUCCUGUAAUCUGAACCAAGUAAAAAAAUCUAUUUCAAGUGAUAUUCAGAACUUUGUCUUUUUCCCAGAUAUGUUCUGUGAAAAAUCUAAAUAAAAUAUCUAAAUGAAA